GCACGGACGUUCGUCGUGCCGCCUGCUGAAACGACGUUAAGACUAUUUUUAAACUAAACGAAUUAAUUCCGUUGCGAAUCCGGUGACGAAUCGGCAGUGCGGCAGCGCGCGGCGAUCAAGCCGCUAGUGUUUACCCGAGAUCAUGUGGGUCGGCUACACGAGCGCCGCCAUGGGGGAGGAUGUGCCAGGCCCCGUGGCCGUGGUGGACUUCACGUUCGCGACAAGGGACACUCCGCCGCUGAGCGUCCCGGUCGGCCUUCCGCUCGCCUGCCCCAUCAGCGACCUGCACAGUCGCCUUGUGCACAGCCACGCGCUGCCCUGCUAUGCCGAGGACGAGCUGUGGAAGGCACUGGGGGAGUUUGUGCGCGACAAGACGCAGGAGCUGUACGACCAGAGCGGAGAGCGCGCGCUCGAGGGCAUCGCCCUCGCCUCCGACGAGGAGGUGGACGGCCUCGCGCGCGCCUGGGAGAAGGCCUUCCGCGAGACCACGGUGGAGCACGUGGGAGCUGAGGAGGCGCGUGUGGACGAGGAGUUCUCGCGGGCGUACAGCGCUCUCAUCCACUCGCCCGUGUCGCACACGCUGCUCACGUUGGAGCACCACUACUGCGUCAGCGCCGCCGAGAUGCUCGCCGAGCGGGAGAUGGCCCUGCAGCAGCUGCGCGAGAGGCAGCGCGUGGAGAUGGAGCGAGCCAUGCAGGAGCUGGGCAAGUCCCUGAGGGACGAGGAUGUCAACGUUCUGGCCGUGCAGCACUUCGAGACUCAGCAGGCGGUGGAGAGCAAGUGGAACGUGGAGCUGAAGCAGCUGAUGGAGCUGCAGAGGCUCGAGUACCGCGAUUGGGUCAUGAAGGUGCACCAGGACUCAAGUACGCCGGACGGCAAGGCCGGCGGGGACGACGUGGCGGGGCUGACGGGGCAGCCGCCCGACGCCGAGAUGGAGGAGGGAGUGGCGUACGAGGAGCACCGGCGGCUAGAGGAGAGCUUCACUAUCCACCUGGGCGCUCAGAUGAAGACGAUGCACAACCUGCGGCUGCUGCGCGCCGACGUGCUGGAGCUGUGUCGCCUGCGCGCCGGCUCGCAGGGCGACACGCGGCCCCGCCGACUGCACAUGGCGCUAUCGCUCUACUCCGCCGCGCUCUCGGGCCUCGUGCUACUCGUGGACAACCGCAUCAGCUCCUACAGCGGCAUCAAGAAAGAGUUUGCGACGGUUUGCCAACAGUCGACCGAUUUUCACUUCUUGGAACUCGAGCAGCAGAUGAACGACGUUCAGGAGGUGGUGUUGGCCGUCAACACGUUUCACGGCAAGGAUAAGAAGGGCACAGAGUCCUUUGCCCGGAACGGAGGCGCGGACGACAAGAAAAACUCGGAGAAGAAUCCACAAAACAUCUCGCCAGGGGAGUUCUACAUCACGCGGCACUCCAACCUCGCCGAGGUGCAGGUGGUCUUCCACCUGUGCGUUGACGACGGCGCUCGCUGCGGCGCCAUCACGGCCCGGGACCCGGCCAUCAUGGGCCUGCGCAACAUCCUCAAGGUCUGCUGCCACAACGACAUCACCAACAUCACCCUGCCCCUGCUGCUCGUCCACGAGAUGUCCGAGGAAAUGACCGUCUCGUGGUGCCUGAAGAAGGCGGAGCUGGUCUUCAAAUGUGUGAAAGGGUUCAUGAUGGAGAUGGCCUCGUGGGACGGGGGCGUCUCGCGCACGGUGCAGUUCAUCGUGCCGCAGGGCCUGUCGGAGGAGGUGUUCUUCCAGCUGAGCGCCAUGCUGCCCCAGAUCUUCCGCGUCUCCUCGGCGCUCACCCUCACCUCAUCGCGGCAGAAGUGACGGAGGGCCUCCGUCCGUCCCUCGGAUGUGUUUUCGUGGGUCAUGCCACGUGUUGUUGUUCGGCACGACGUCCGACGUUUCGCUCCACGUAGCUCGUGUGUAUGUACGUUGAAUUUCUUUCGCGCCGUACGUAGCCGACCGUUGCUGAUCAGAGGUGCGCGGGGAAGGACAACAAACUAAAACAAAUUAUGUUGAUCUUUCGCACCACCAUACGUUGCCGACUGUGGCUAAACGGAGGUGUGGGUGGAAGGACAAAAAACGAAACAAUGUAUGUUGAACUUCUUUCGUACCGUACGUAGCCAACCGUGGCUGAUCGAAGGUCUGGGGGAACGGACAACUAAACACAAAAAUACGACCUCCCUCACCUGGUAUGCAGGAGGCCGUGGACUCGAUCCCGACCCUGACGUACAUUUGGAGUUUAAUUUCGAUUUAAAGCUUUCGUGACUGCAGGGAUUCAUCUUAUUUUAUUAUGUUUUAUUAUUUUAUUACUUCCCUUCUACGUGACUUUACCGAAAGAACCAAGAACAUUUGGAGUUUGUGCAUCUCUCUGUCUGUGGUCACGUGGAUUUUUUUUCUCCGGAUCCUCCGGUUUUUCCUUUCACGUUUAGAGCCAACAUGAGUGUAGAUUAUUUGGCUGCUACCAUAAAUGUCCACGUGGUGAUUAGCCACUUCGUUGAGCUUAUCAUUCGUGGUCAAGUUGCUAGACAGCUCAAGUUGAGUUUGUAUGUAUAGUUUUCGAUUUAAAGCUUUCGUGACUGCAGGGAUUCAUCUUCUUGGUUCUUUUGGUAAAGUCACGUAGAACGGAAAUAAUAAAAUAAUAAAAAUAAAACAUAAUAAAAUACAAUUCUCACGACGUUUCGGCCACAACGCAAGCAGCCGUCCUCGGGUGAAGAACAGGGCUGUCGGAAAGACAGCGUGGCUUUACCGAAAGAACCGAGAAGAUUUGUAUGUAUAUGUAUGUUGAACUUCUUUUGCGACGUGCGUAGCCAAUUGCAGGUGUGUACCACGUGCACCGGGCGACGCAGGCGGCGUCGAUUCCUCGUGACACGCGAUAUGCCACGGGUAAUCGACCCGAAUGAAUUGGCAAACUGAAACGGAUCGAUCGACGCACGGCUACCGGCCUGUGCUGGGGAUGUGAGCGUGCGUCUGCAACGCGAGGAGCCGGUGGCGUCCUGCGGGCUGUGGGCUUGCGUCUUCCUCCUCUUCAAAGGGAGACCUCUCCGUGGCAAGCGGUAAAGCGGAAGCCAUGAUGAACCAGAACACGAGGGUUGUAUCCUCUCAAAAUAUUUAAUUGACAGGUCAUCAACAUCGUCGUCGUCGUCAUCAUCACAUGCUCAAAACAUUCAAUAAAUAAUUUUCAAACGAAAACGGCAAAGACAAACUUGUUUUGUUUUCGACAGUGCAGAAGAGAGAUACCUUCAUAAACGCCAGACUAGCUUUAUCACAGCCUGAUGAAGCUGGUUGUAAUUACUGGCGAAACAUCGUACUCGGAUUGUAAAUGUUGUGGAUUUGCUCUCCAAACACAACCGGUGUAGCUGUACUAGUGACGAAUUGGCCACGUUCUGUUUACGUGACAAACCCCUUAGUAAUUGGCUGUGUCCGGUGUUGGCGGGUUUAACGACACGUUUAUAUAUUUACGCGAUCUCACUCAAAACAACCUGUAUUGUGGAUGAUAUUGGUCGCGAAAGCCUACUCCGUGUUAAAUCGUUCAUCCCGUCAGGGGAAGCGAGUGGGGCGCUUGGGCAGGACGCGUCUUGGCUAAAAUGGACGAUGAUGUACGUGUCUGUGUCUGUAUGUUGAAUCGUACAUAGCCAACCGGAGGUGUGGGAUGGUCGAUGGCCCCCGAUAAAUAAUCGGGGGGGGGGGGGCACGGGAUUUGAAGCUUGAACCUCCACUUAAAAGCAGCGAAUGCCCAACCGUCCGACGGCGCCACGAUCCAGCAACAGCGUCAACAACAACAAAUGCCAACUUCCGGAGCUUCGCGUAGAAAUAACAAAAACACAUUUUCAAGUCUUUCAGCCAAAGCGGGCUUCCAGAUUCGUGUUAAGCCAGCGACCAUUCCGUUUAAGCAACUUCCUAGGCAAUUUGCCCCCUCCAUUGCCAACACCUUGUGCCACAACGGCGGGUAAUUCGCACGCGUGAAAUGGGAAUUCGCUUAUUCUCGUCCGGCGCGUGCAUCGCGAGCGUAUACGAAUUCCCAGAUGUCGUGGGGACCUGGGUUAAGAGGGUGCGUGCGCGCGCGCCCAGGAGUCGGGGGGGGGGGGGGGGGUGCUGAGCAAUGGCACGUGGGGGAAGACGCUGCCACUACUGGUCAUGUGAUCGUCGAUUUGUACCGGCCGAUAUUGCACAGAUUUCAGAGACUCGGCGAGUGAUGCCCCCUCUCUCCCGCGCAGUGCAUCGUCGUCACGGCUCGUCACUCCGAACGUCACGGUGACCUCCUCGCCGUUAACGAGGGCCCCGCAGCGACGCAGGAGCGAGCAAAACCCGUUACGCGAAAGUCGAGUGACGAAGAGGUCGCUCGUAAUGAACGUGCCGGCGAAAACCACGUCGCCAAAAUAGUUUCAAGUUUGAUUCUCGCCUUGAACAGCCCGACCCUUGUGCGUGCACUGUCGCUCCACGUGCCUCACAUAUAUACACGCGUAUAAAUAUAUAGAGCGGUUUCUGCGAUUGAUAUACUCUCCAGCGUCAUAUGCAGAAGCCAGUCGGGGGCCACUGACGUCUCAGGAAGGCGAUCGCGGUACAAGGGGAACGUAGCCCGGAUACGAUAAGGGGGUUGCUUUGUUGAGAGUGGAAAUUUUAUUUAAUAAUCGAUUAUUAGGUUUUUAUUUUUGCCACUGGCAAAAUUCGGCAACCCUCUAUGGUUGUGGCUGCAGGGUUUUUGAUCCGAACAAUCUGCCUCGGCAGCAGAUCACGCUUUCACACCUGAUGACGGACGCUUGUGUUGCGCCCGAAACGUCGCUAUUUAUUUUAUUUUAUACCCACGUGACUUUACCGAAAGGACCAAAGAGUAUGGAUAAUAUUGGUUGUUAAACUGAAAUGGAUUUUUUUAAAGUAUUCCAAAUGUUUUGCCAACUGCUGUCCAUGCGGAAAGCAGUUCACCAGCCCGUGUUAGAAAACGGGCCGCAGAUGCAGAUAUUAAAACUAAAACCAAGAUAUUUUUUAUUUUACUAAGUCAGGUCCACUGAGCUACAGAGUUAUUUUUUAGAAGCGACCUGGCCACAAAUGGUAUCUUCAACGAAGUGGCUUAUUACGUGGACAUUUAUAAUAGCAGCCAAAUACUCUAAACGCAUGUUGAUUCUAAAUGUGGAGGGGAAAAACAGGAGAAAAAUCCACGCGACCACGUGGAGAGAGAGAGAGAAACGCAAACGCCAAAUGUACAGGUGUGGGGUCGGGAUCGAACCCACGACCUCCUGUAUAGCAGGCGAGGUAGUUAACAUCUCACCACCUCGGCACCCACGCAACUCCUUCAAGUGACCCGUUUUUAACCACAAGCUCGGGUGGUGGCGGGAGGCAACACCAACCCACACACUCUGCUACAGAGAGCGAUUCUCAUCGCAAGGCAGAAAAAACGUCAUUUGUAACUUCAGAGUUUCAGUCACAUUUAGGCGACGUAGCAAGUGGCGAUCGUCGCCGUUGCCUCGCGAGCCUCGCGAGAGUUGCCGAAGCGGAUCGUGAUCGACGCGUCGCUUGGCGAAGGCUUCCAGCAACUGCCCAUAGACCAGUGGCGGGCAACCUACUGCCCAUGGGCUUGCAUGCUGACCUGGUCUCGGUGCGUCUAGGGUUAAGCGUG